AUGGCCGAACAGGGCGAAGAUCCUUUAAUGAGUUCACAGAACCUGACUUGUCCACUAUGCUUGGAAAUGUUUAAAGAUGCAACUCUUCUCACAUGUGGACACACUUUUUGUCGCAUUUGCCUCGAAAACUAUGACGAGACCCAGAGAGAAGUUGCUGACAUGGCUUGUCCUCUCUGCAGGGUGACAACUAAAUUGGAAAAAGAACGCGUGGCAGGGCUCCCCGCUAAUGUUACCGUCAAUGGUCUGGUGGACGACUGCCGUUCUGCUGGUGAAGGCCAUAAAUCUCCUGAUGAUGUCACCAAGUGCACAGCCUGUGAAUUUGGAAAGGAUGCGGUUUCUUUCUGCAUUGCUUGCAGUUAUUACAUGUGUGAGGGAUGUGACGAGGGACACGGCAAGUUGAUGACAACAUUCUUCAGGGGUCACCAGGUAGUCUCACUGGAUGAUGUGAAAGAGAAGGAUAUCAGCAUUGAUGAGUUAUCUAACAAAUGUUCCAUACACAAGCGAGAUGACAAGGAUUUGUUCUGCAAGGACUGCAAGGUCUUUAUCUGUUACAAGUGUACGAUCGUUAGUCAUCGUGAUCAUGUCAUCAAGAACCAACCCGACGUCGUGGAUGAGCUUAAGAAUACGGUAGAUCGGCUGAUCAAGCUGUCUGAUUCAACCAUUGCCUCACUCAAGGAAAAUAUUGAGUUCAUUGAAGAUAAGAAGGAAGGAGUUCAAGAAACUACCAAGAAACUUCGGGCUGAUGUCAUGGAGGCAGUUCAUGUUAAAUCUAUUCAGCUCCAAGAAAAUGAGCAUAUGCUUCUUGAACAAGUAAAUGCUCUGCAGGAGAGGUGUGAUGGCGACAUAGAUACCUUAAAAGAGAAUGCCGUUCACAGGAUCCAAAAUAUCUCACGUUCACUAGCAUUGGUUAAGGACGGCAUCAAGACACGCCAUCUUGAGAUGGAGAGAUUAACGGCACACUCUUUAGUGUGUGAGGAAUUGGAAGCUAUUCUUGGUGAAGCAUUUGAUGAAACGUCUGCAAAGGAUAUACUGGAGAGUGUGGAAGAGGUGAAAUUUCUUCCUACCGAUAACAUGCAUGAAGAAGUUGGCCAGUUCUCAACUCCGACAUGCAGAAUCAUCAACAAAUUUGAGUUUCCCAAACAUAUCCAAGGAAUGGUCACGAAGAACAUCAACAGCGUCGUAAUUGCUCAAUAUGGUGGACAGAGUGUCAUUAAAAUCAACUCCAAUGGCGAUAAACAGGACAUGCAGAAGCUACCGUCCAUGUUCUACUACGACAUUGCUUUUCAGAGCCGGUCCAAGAUGGUGGUAUCUUCCAAUUCCUAUUAUGAAAUUCAUGUGCAUGCCAAGGAUGGAUCUCGUCUGGCAACGAUAGAAGUACCACGAGGUGGCGAUUACCCAAAGGUGAGCAUCGGUCCCUCAGAUGAGAUCUUGGUUGCCAACAAAUCAAGCCAGGUUUUCAUUUACGAGUCUAGCGGACAAACCCUGACACAUACCAUACCGACUCCAAACUUACCAAAGCAAGCCUUUGCUACCAUGUCAGGAGCAAUUGUCACGAGUUCUUGUGAUGCAAACCCCAGUGUGGUACAGCUGUAUGACAAGGAUGGUAACGCAGGUACAUCUCUUCGAGCCCUUCAAGGGGAAUACCUCUAUCCUGCUGUAGAUAGUAAGGACAGGAUCUUUAUUGCAAGAGUCAAGAGGGGCACUAUUCUGCUCACGCUCUAUGAACUAGAAGGUCUUGACCUGAGGAAAAAGGCACAAUUUGAAGAACUGAAAAUAUCCCCAGGUAGCAACGCAUGCUAUUUGGUGUGCCUUUCUCGAGGCAUGCUUGCUUUUGCCUGUGGUUGUUGGCUUUAUUUUGUGAAAGUUCCCUAUAUAUAAUAUGCAUACUAAUAAUUGCACUUGCCAUUGCACUUGCUAAUUGCUUACUUGUAAGCAUGUUACUUCAUCAUGUUCAUGAAUGUGAAACCUAGAAAGUUAGUUGACAUGGUUGAUGAUUUGCAAAAAGGAAUUCUUUCCGCUUUUACUGAAGAAAUGAACAUUAUUAUCGACAAUGUAAUGGCAAUGAAUCUUAUACACUCUUUAUUGCCUAAGAAAGGAAUUUUCUUCUUCAUAUUUUUGUUUUCGCAUUACAUUACAUGUGUUAUGAAAUGUAAGUAUUGUCAAUAUAUGAUAUUAUUAAUGAACUAUUAGAAUCUCACUGUAAUAGUAUGAUUUCUGUAAAACGUAUAACUUCUGAGUAAUAUUUUAUUUCUGGCACAUAUGCUUUUUGGUUUGUAAAUUGUUUUAAAAAGUGAGUGUUUCAAGGCCAAUAUCAUCCUCUUUAGGGGGAUGCGAAUUGACUAACAUUGUAUAUGGUUUCUCAUUGAUUGUGUGAUAUAAAAAGCUACAUUUUAAAGUAACUAUACAUGCUGAGAUAAAUAUAUACAUUGAAUGAAAUUGGCCUAUUAUUUUAUUUGUAUAAAGAAACUAAAAUGUUUAUAGAGGAACAUACUUGAUUUGCGACUUGGUACAUAAACUAUUUUAUUACAUGUACUGCGGUAUGAAUGUAGUGAACUAACCUGUUAUCAUUCAAUUGAGCAUAAUAUCAAAGGUCAAGUCCACCCAGAAAAGUGUUGAUAUGAAUUGAAUAGAGAAAAAUCAAAUAUGAAUAAUGCUGAAAUUUUGAUCACAACCGGAUGUAAAAUAAGAAAGUUAUGGCAUUUUUAAGUUUCACUAUUUUUCCCCACAAAACAGUUAUUAUGCAUAACUCGGCAGCAGGCAAAUGAGAGAGUUGAUGAUGUACUUCACUCACUAUUUCUUUUGUUUUGAUUGUGUGAAUUAUACAAUACUUCAUUUUUCACAGAUUUGACAAUAAGUACCAACUACUAGACUGAACCAUAAAAUGUUAAAACAAUUGUAAUUCUCCAUGUUCAUGGAGGAAGAAAACUUGUUUCACCUUCCAAUGAGGAGAAAAUUAGAAUAUUUCAUAUUUCAUAUAAUGAAAUAAAGAUGAAAUAGUGAGUGAGUGAUGUCAUAAGUCCCCUCAUUUGCAUACUGACCAGGAUGUGCAUAUAACUGUUUUGUGAGAUUAAGCAAAACUUAAAGAUGUCAUAACUUUCCUAUUUUACAUCCGAUUUUGAUGAAAUUUUCAAUGUUAUACUUGUUGGAUUUUUCUCCUUUUGUUUAAAUCAACUUUUUGUUAGGGUGGACUUGUCAUUUAAAGACUACGCUGUUCAGAAUGUUGCAUUACGGGUUAGGAAUCUGGCUAGCUUAGAGUAGUUGAGGAAUUGAGGUGAUGCUAUUAAGGCUGCAGCUUCGUAUUUGCUUCAAGCAAAUUCUUGUCUCACCCAAUGCGCGUGCAAAGUGCGAGUGAUACUUUUCUUUUCCAUCUUUUUCUUUGUUUCUCUUUUUUCAUUUUUUUGUGUCGGGGGUGGGGGAGAAAGCCGCUUUGACCCCUUUGAUCUGCAUCCUUAUUUCUACAUAUAUAUAAUUUGUCAUUUUCUGAGAAGCAAUCUAAGAAAAAUUUAAAGCAAAGACUUUUAAUACCGGUAUUUGUAAUUUAUGGAAACAAUCCCAUACUGUGGCUGGACUAAUAUAUAAAUUUUCUAUUGAUUUUCCUUUGUAAAUUUAAUUUUCUAUAUCCUGAAAAUAUUUCGGAAUAAAAUUGUAUAGCUUGAUAAGAUUUUUCUUUUAAUGGUUUGCAUAUUCGUAAAUUUUGUUAUUACGUUCACUGUUUUUGUUUUCAACUGAUAUUAUGAAUGAUAUUCAUUCGUGCGUGAAUUAUAAAACACCCUAUACGAAUCGAACGAUGGCUCUCUAAUUUGUUAGUACUUUCUACAGUUCUAAUUCAAUUUUAGAUAAUUGUUGCUAUCACUGCUUCUGUUGUUAUCUUAAUAAUCUAGAAAUCUUCACAAAUUUGAUGUGUUGCAGAGUGCGGUUCUUGUCUGUUUCUUGCAAUUAAAAGGAAAUUAAUUGUAU